AUGCCACUGCGCUGUUUGUAUAUUAUUGAGCUAACCGAUACUGAGGAAGGAGGCUUGGAGUUGGUUGAUCCAUCAUGGUCAGCAGAACAAGACUCCACUGAAAUUGAAACAACAACGGCUCCCGAUGUGGAGAUGAACAUGAGUGAUAUCAGAUCAGAGUUCAGUGAAUACUCAACUGUAUCACGUAAAAGCAGUCUGUACAACGGCCCAGAGGAAGGUCCACCACGGAAAAAAGUAAAAUCACCACCUGUAAUAUCACCAACAGGUUCAUCGACAAGUCUGUACAGUGGUGGAAGUAGUUCCAUUGACUGGACAACCACUGGAACAACGCUGGAAAUGCAGGGAACUCGGGUAACUAGAACCCAAUAUGGAUUCAGAACACUACAGGAAUCGUCAGCAAAAAUGUGCCUAAAAGUUACUGGCUAUCCGCUACCGGUUAUCACUUGGUAUAAGGAUGACCAGUUGUUACAAGAAGACAAUCGACACACAUUCUAUGCUGAUGAAGACGGAUUCUUUGCCUUAACUAUCGACCCAGUACAAAUUGAGGAUACUGGCAGGUAUACUUGUAUGGCCACUAAUGAGUACGGUCAAGCAUCCACUUCAGCGUUCUUUAAAGUCAUCAAAGUUGAAAAAGAAGCAGCUCCACCAGCUUUUGUCAAUACAUUAAAAGAUCAGGAAGUAAAGGAGGGCGAAGUUGCAUGCUUCGAAUGUGAAGUUGAAGGAUGGCCUGAACCUGAGCUUAUGUGGCUCGUUGACGACCAGCCGUUAAGACCUUCUCAUGACUUUAGAUUAGAUUAUGAUGGGCAGAACGCACGGCUUGAAAUUCGAGACGCUCAACCUGAAGAUACAGGCACUUAUACAGUACGUAUCAAAAACGAAUAUGGCUCUGCUGAAUCGAACGCUAAACUUACAGUUGAACCUGAUCCAGAUCGUAAUCAUGUUGCUCCAGAGUUUCAGACAUCUAUGGAAGAUGUUGAAUGUGACGAAGGAGACGAUGUUAGGUUUAAAACUGUUCUAACUGGUGACCCCAAUCCAGAAGUAUCUUGGUUGGUUAAUGGAAUACCGCUAACAGAAUCUGAUAAAAUUAAAUUUAUCUCUGAAGAUGGUAUUUGUAUCUUAACAAUUAAAAAUGUUACGCGGCAUUUUGACGGCAUUGUUUCUUGCAUGGGUGUUAAUCGCCUUGGAUCUCAGAUCAGUGAAGCAAGGUUAAAAGUGCGUAUACCUCCUACGCCUCCACAGUUUGAUCGACCGUUGGAGGACAAAAUUGUUCAAGAGGGUUCACGUAUUCUUUACGAUAUUGAAAUUAGUGGCUAUCCCGAGCCAAGCAUAUCAAGUGGUGACUAUGGCAUUGAAAUAAGUGGUAGAGGUGAAGGUAUCUACCGUCUUGACGUGACAUCUGCGGAUGUUCAGAAGCAUGACGCGGAAUUUGCUUGUAUUGCCAUUAACGAGCAUGGACAGGCAGAAAGUAGAGCACGGGUGGUUGUUGAACCGGUGGAAGAAGAGUCUCGCGCAGCACCAACAUUUAUUAAAGAUAUAGAAGAUCAGAAAGUCAAGCUUGGCGAACUGGCAGUCUUUGAAACGUCGGUGCGUGGAAAUCCAAAGCCAGAAGUCUCAUGGUUUAUUAAUGGUCGUAAGCUUGAGAAAAACACACCUGGAGUUCGAAUUGAAACAACCGACAUGGACCACAAAAUAACCAUUGAUUCAGCACAAUAUGCUGGCACAGUUCUUUGCAGAGCUGAAAAUGCGGUUGGUCGCUACGAAACAAAAGCGAAACUAACUGUUUUGAGUCCAGAAAAACCAAAGAAGAAACCCACAGUAAAGGAAGGCUUGCAAGACCAAACUAUUGUUGAAGAAUCUACUGUGACUUUUGAAGCCGAGAUUGAAGGAGAACCCAAACCAACUUACAAGUGGUAUUUGAAUGAAACUCAACUGGAAGAAUCGGAAAAUAUUCUAAUCCGUGAGUUCGCCGGAAGUUGCAAAAUAGAGCUCCAUAAUGUGAGCCUUAAACAAGGAGGAACCAUCAAACUUGUGGCUGAAAAUUCUGAGGGAAGCUGUGAAUCAGUUGCUAAACUGAUUGUUACUGAAAAGCCACAUGCACCAAAAUUCACGGUUAAACCUAAAAAUGUUACUGUCGUGCGGGGAUCUGAAGCUAGGUUUGAAGCAGAAGCGAAAAGCAUUCCGGAGGCUACCUAUCAAUGGGCAAUUAACGGGCGUAAAAUCCGCGACACGACAACGGGUGCCCGCAUUGAGUCAGCUGAUGGGGUCUCCAUUUUGAUUCUUGAUACUGCUAUUUGGGACUCAGGGACAGUAACAGUUUUGGCAGAAAAUGCGCAGGGUUGUGAUGAAGCUGGAGCGCUUUUGACAGUAGAAGAAAAGAAGGCGGAAACGAUGGAAGAAAAAACAGAUGUUCAUAUUGCAGAAGAAACUGGCGAGCAUAAAGUAGUAGAAUCCAGAGCAGAAGAGCGUUAUGAAGAAAUUUCAAUGACACAGCGAAGAAUGGAAGUCAGGAAGAAUCUGGAAGACCAGUACGUUAAACCAGGUGAAACUGCUCAGUUCGAAGUCAUUGUACAGAAUGCUGAUGAACUUCAGUGGUAUAACAAUGGCAAAUUAUUAUCAGACGAUAUGCCAGGGGUUAAAAUAACAUCCACUCAGAACUAUGAGUUCCGCCUUAACAUAGACUCUACCCAAUAUGCUGGCGUUAUAACUGUAAAAGCCAAAACAGCAUUUGAAACCCUGGAAACCAGCGCCAACUUGGUGGUGGAAGAACCGUCCGUACCGCCACAAAUGACUAGUCAGUUGCAGAAUAUUACUGUGACUGAAGGUCAAACCCUGAAAAUGGAAAUAAGAUCUGAUAGAGACAGCAAAUUUGAAUGGAAGCUUAAUGAUAAACCAUUGAAGGGAAUGGAAAAUGUAGAAAUAACAGAAGAAAAAACAUACAGUAAAAUGGAAAUCAAAGAUGUUACUAAAGAGCAUGCAGGAAAAGUUACGGUUACAGCUAUUAAUGAAACUGGUGAAACUAGUUCGACAUCUGAAGUUACAGUGAAGGAGAGAACGGAACCUCCAAUUAUUAUGAAAGGACCACAAACAGUCAGUAUAAAGGAAGGCGAAGAUGCAAAAUUCACGGCAGAGUUUGUUGGGAAACCAACGCCGACAGCAACAUGGACACUCAAUUCAGAAACUUUAGUGGAAACUGUCAAUCGUGUUGAGAUUAUAACUGAAGAACACAAGUCGUCAGUCAAUAUCAAAAAGUGUACAGUUAAAGAUUCGGGAGAAAUCGCUAUAAUUACAGAAAAUACAUUGGGAAAAGAUAUUAGAACGGCUAUUUUACAAGUUUCACCCGACGAGAAAAAACCUGUGUUUGAAACUCAGUUGAUUGAUCGUAGUGUUGAUGAAGGAGAGCCUUUGCGAUGGGAUGUUAGGAUAGCACGACCAUACGAUUCAACAAAAGUGUCAUGGUAUUUGAACGAGAAAGAAUUGAUAAGCAGCGAAGAAGUUCAGAUUAUUAAUCAUGGCGAUGGACAUCACCAUGUAACAAUAUCUGAAGCACGUACUGAGAUGAAUGGUAUUUUGGUAUGCAGAGCAGAAAACAGUUUUGGAACAUCAGAAUCAAGAGCGACUAUCAACGUCAAAGAAGUUGACAGUAAACCAGUGUUUACAAGGAGCAUUCAAGAUCAUGAAACUGUUGAAGGAGAAUCUGUUAAAUUCAGUGCUAUUGUGCGCGGACGCCCUACGCCGAAAAUUGUUUGGUAUUUGAACGAAGAAGAAGUAAAAAGUUCUGAAGAAAUUUCUAUCAAACGUGACGAGUCUACCGGAAAAGUUUCACUGAAAAUACUGAAACCGGUCGAAAGCCAAACUGGAAAAAUAACUAUUCGUGCUUCGAACAGUGUGGGUGAAACAGAAUCUAGCGCUAAACUUGUCGUCGAGAAAAAGAAGGAACCACCUAGGUUUCUGGCUGAUAUGGACAGCCGCCAAGUUUACGAAGGUGAUACAGUUAAAUUUGCGGUUACUGUUGCUGGAACACCUACUCCGGAAGUUCAGUGGUUCCUUAAUGGUGAACCAGUUGCCUCGACAAGCAAUAUUACCAUAGUUGAAGAAAAUGGAACCCAUACAGUUACGAUGAAACAAGUAAUACCAGAACAAAGCGGAGAAAUUUCUUGCGAAGCUCGAAAUUCAGCUGGACAUAAAAAACAACAUGCUACAUUGACUGUGAAGCCAACUGGAGAAGCACCUACGUUUGCAAAGAAUUUGGAAGAUCGUCUUGUUGAAGAAGGCGGAAAAUUGCAUAUGGAGGCUACAUUAUCAAAGACAAAACCAAAACCUGAAAUAACAUGGCUCCGCGAUGGCUCACCGCUGAAGGACAAACGUUUCAUAACAGGCAUGACCGAAGAUGGAGUGCUAACACUGGACAUUGAGGAAACUCAGCUUAGUGAUAAAUCUAGAAUCACCAUAAGAGCAGAAAAUUCUUUUGGUAUUGCAGAGUGUUGUGCCUCCAUUGGUGUGCAAAAGAAACGACCAUUAGCAAAACCAUCCUUCCUUUCUGAUAUUGCUCCUAUAUUUGUUAAAGAAGGUGACACUCUUGAGGCCAAAGUGUUGAUUACUGGUGAUCCUUCACCGUUUGCAAAGUGGUAUAUCAACGACCAGCUGGUAGUUGAAACUGAAGACACAGAAAUUAAAUCAGAAAAUGGCAUAUACACGCUAAAGAUAUUUGGUGCAAGCAGAGACAUGACAGGUACCAUCAAAUGCACAGCUUACAAUCGUAUGGGUGAGAUUACCACUGAGGGCAAAAUUGAGGUCAUAUCUGCUAUCCCAGUAGAAUUUGAAUCAACGCUCUGUGAUGCAACCUGCCGUGAAGGUGAUACAUUAAAACUAAAGGCAGUAUUACUUGGUGAACCGACUCCAGAUGUUACAUGGUACAUUAAUGGAAAAAAACUACAAGAGAGCCAAAACGUUAAAAUUCAUGCUGAAAAAGGCACUUAUACAGUAACGAUAAAGGAUAUUACAAUUGAAUAUUCUGGCAAAGUUGUGUGUGAAGCAGUAAAUGAAUUUGGAAAAGCCUCUUCAGAAGCAAUGUUACUUGUGCUUCCAAGAGGAGAGCCACCAGAUUUUAUUGAAUGGCUCAGCAACAUUAAAGCACGUCAAGGUUCUCAAGUAAAGCACAAGGUAGUGUUUACUGGUGAUCCACGACCUACACUGACCUGGUACAUCAACGGUGAAGAGAUGCAUAACAGUGAAGAAAUUUCAAUUGUUACUGAGCAGAAUACAUCAACCCUUACUAUAAAAUCGUUUAAGGCGGAAAAACAUACUGGCGAGAUUAUUUGUAGAGCUGAAAAUGAAGCUGGCGAAGUAUCCUGUACAGCGAGCAUGGGAGUUUACACUUCUGAGAUGUAUUCGGAAUCAACCUCAGAAGCGAUGGCUGAAGAAAUUGACACUGUUUCAGAACAAGGCACAGAUAACGAAGAGUCCUUGGCUGAAUCAGCACAGAUACGAACACCAACACCAAUUUUAGCACCAAAGUUUAUCACUAAGAUUAAAGACACUCGUACGGCGAAAGGAAGUCAAGCAAUAUUUGAGUGCGUUGUGCCUGACUCAAAGGGUGUUGUCUGUAAAUGGUUGAAAGAUGGCAAGGAAAUUGAGUUGAUUGCGCGAAUUCGAGUACAGACGAGAUCUAUUGAAGGCUUUACUACUACUGAACUAAUUAUAGAUGAUGUACAGACUGAUGACGCUGGUCUUUACAGCGUUGUAGUUGAAAAUGUUGCUGGAAUGGAGACAUGCCAAGCCAACCUAUAUGUUGUUGAAGAAUUAAAGAAGCCAGAAAGCCGGGCGCCAGAAUUCACUAUAGCUUUACGUGACAAGAGUACUCAAGCUGGCGAAAAAUCAGUUUUUGAAUGCAAAGUUACUGGUGAACCACAACCAAAAGUAACAUGGUAUCAUGAAAAGAUUGAGCUAGAAGACACGGGUAAGAAGGUGAAAAUUGAGUCGUCUGGGGAUAUCCAGCGGCUUACAAUAGCUUCAACUGAAUUUGAUGAUCAUGGCAAGUACACAUGCGUGGCCGAAAAUGAAGCGGGUACUACGCGAUCAGAGGCUACACUAACAGUUCACGCUGAAGCACCACAGUUUACACGUCAUAUUACUGACAAAGAAAUAAGCAUCGGUGAGAAACUGAUUUUGGAGUGUUCUGUCAGUGGUUUGCCCAAGCCUGUUGUGCAGUUUUUCUCCCAGUCAACUAAACUUGUUUCCAACAAUCGUGUUUCUGUUGAACAUGAUCAGACAAACGUCCACUGGCGUUUGGUAAUCAAAGAACUAACUAAGGAAGAUUUCCAAACAUACACUGCUGUCGCUACAAAUUCGGUUGGAGUAGCUGAAAGCAAGGCUACGGUGAAAGAAAAGGAGGUUGUUGUGGAGAAGGAGUCUGUUGAAGCAACUGCACUAGAGUUUCCGCGUUUUACGGAAGAGCUUUCUACAGUAACAGUUCAAGAGUCAGAAACAGCCCAGUUUUCUGUUGUUGUUUCUGGAAAGCCAGAACCGGUGUUGGAAUGGUAUAAGGAUGGUAAACCAAUUACAGUAGACCAUACACACGUUAUUACUAAAGAAGAAGACGGGCGACACAUUCUUAUUAUCAAGGAAGCAAGGACUGAAGACGUUGGCACUUACUCGUGUAAAGCAACCAAUAAAGCUGGUUCUCUGGAAGUUGCUGCCCAACUCGCGGUUGAAGUCGCUUUACAGCCAGUGUUUAAGGAGACCUUGACCGAAGUAAAAGUACAUGAAAACGAGACUGCUCGACUGUCAGUUGUUGUCGAGGGAAAACCGCAACCGGUAGUACAGUGGCUGAAGGAUGGAUUCCCGGUGAAUAUUGACAACGAGCACAUCUUAACCAAGAUAGACGAAAACGGAAGGCACGAGUUAGUGAUCAAAGAAGCUAGAGUAACUGACAGUGGCACAUAUUCUUGCACUGCCACGAACAAAGCAGGAACUGUUGAGACAACGGCUAACUUUGCAGUAGAAGAAACUCUUGAAGCGCCGAAAUUCACUCAAGAACUGGUCGAAAUGUCAGUGACUCCUGGAGAUACUGCAGAACUUGUGGUUAGUGUUGAGGGACGUCCAAUGCCCAAGGUUGAGUGGCUUAAAGAUGGUAUCUCAGUGAACAUUGACAACGUUAGUGUCUUUACUAAGAAGGACGACAGAGGGCAGCACACAUUAAUAAUUAAAAACGCUAAGGUUGAGGAUUCUGGAAAGUACAUUUGUAAAGCAACUAACGAUCUUGGGACUGUUGAAACACAGUGUAAUUUCACCAUUGUAGAAGUGACUAAAGCUCCGACAUUUGAAGAAGGCUUGUGUGAUGUCUCAGUUCAAGAAGCUGAAAGUGCUUCUCUAUCUGUGGUAGUUAGUGGCACCCCAACUCCUGCCGUUCAGUGGUUUAAGAACGGUGCACCUAUUGAUAUUGAUAAUACUCAUAUCCUUGUGGCGCGUGAAGCAGAAGGGCGUCACACUCUUUACAUUAAGUGUGUUAAUCUUGAAGAUGCCGGAACAUAUUCAUGUAAAGCUGAAAACAAGGCAGGUGUAGUAGAAAGUAAAGCUAACUUUGCAGUGCAAGAAAUUUUGGAAGUCCCACGUUUUGUUGAGGAACUACAACCAGUCACCGUAGAAGAAAACCAAACUGCUACAUUAUCUAUAGUCGUCGACGGCAGACCUCAGCCUGAAGUUCAGUGGUAUAAAGACGGAACUCUAAUAACUAUCGAUGGCGAUCAUUAUAUUGAAAAGAAGAACGGUGUUGGACGACAUGAACUUAUAAUCAGACAAGCCCGAACUGAAGACGUCGGGGCCUAUUCAUGUAAGGCGACGAAUGCAGUAGGAAAGGCAGAAACUGAGGCAAAUUUUGCUGUCGAACAAUCAGUAAAACUACCUCAAUUCACGGAAGAACUUGAAGAGUUGUCAGUAACGCAAGGAGAAACUGCGACUCUUAAAGUAUCUGUAGAGGGAACUCCACAACCGGAGGUGACAUGGCUAAAAGCUGGCGUUCCCGUGCAAAUAGACAAUGUGCAUUUGAUCGCAAAGAAAGACGAGAAAGGUCAGUAUUCCUUAACGAUAAAGAAUGCCACUGUUGAAGAUGCUGGGACGUAUUCAUGCAAAGCCACAAACGCUGCUGGAACCGCAGAAACUGAAGCGAAAUUUGCUGUUGAAAAAACUGUUUCGGUUCCUCACUUUACUGAACAGCUUGAAGAACUUUCAGUAGUGCAAGGAGAAACUGCUACUCUUAAAGUGUCUGUUGAAGGAAGUCCUCAACCUGAAGUAACAUGGAUGAAAUCUGGCGUCCCCGUUAAUAUUGACAAUGUCAAUAUUAUAGCAAAGGAGGAUGAAAAGGGACAUUAUAGCCUAAUUAUAAAGAAAGCCACUGCCGAAGAUGCUGGUACAUACUCUUGCAAGGCUACAAAUGCUGCUGGAACCGCAACCACAGAAGCGAAGUUCGCUGUCGAAGAAACCGUUUCGGUUCCUCACUUUACUGAACAACUUGAAGAACUUUCAGUAUCGCAAGGAGAAACUGCGACUCUUAAAGUAUCUGUAGAGGGAACUCCACAACCGGAGGUGACAUGGCUAAAAGCUGGCGUUCCCGUGCAAAUAGACAAUGUGCAUUUGAUCGCAAAGAAAGACGAGAAAGGUCAGUAUUCCUUAACGAUAAAGAAUGCUACUGUUGAAGAUGCAGGGACGUAUUCAUGCAAAGCCACAAACGCUGCAGGAACCGCAGAAACUGAAGCAAAGUUUGCUGUUGAAAAAACCGUUUCGGUUCCUCACUUUACUGAACAGCUUGAAGAACUUUCAGUAGUGCAAGGAGAAACUGCCACUCUCAAGGUUUCCGUCGAAGGAAGCCCUCAACCUGAAAUAACGUGGACGAAAUCUGGCGCGCCUGUAAAUAUCGACAAUGUUCAUAUCAUAGCAAAGGAGGAUGAAAAGGGACACUAUAGCUUAAUUAUAAAGAAAGCCACUGCCGAAGAUGCUGGUACA